AUGUCCGAACAACAACAAUAUUCAUUUCCACAACAACAGCAACAAUCUUCGCCUCAACAACAAUACCAACAACAACAACAACAGUAUCCACCACCUCCAUCACAAUAUUCGCAACAACAGAGACAACAAUACUCAUUUCCACAACUGCAACAACCAUAUAGAAGUCCAACACCACUUCAACAACAGCAAUAUUAUUAUACUGAUGAAAACGGAAGCGGAAGAAACACAUCAAUAAACGACGAAUAUCCACCGCAAAAAUUUUCUAAUGAUCAGAAAUCAGCACAAGGCGUGCGAGCCGCGUUGGAUGAUGAUUACGAACAGAAAUUAGCGUCUGGACGAUCAGAAUCACCAAUUGCGGAUCCUGGCGGAUGGCAAUAUCGGCCACCUCAUUAUGGUCACAUUAUAACAAAAGGCGAAAUAAUUAAUCGAAUUGUAUCAUAUUAUGAAAUGUUUAUUGUUAAUGCCUUUCUUUUGGGAUACAAAGUUCUCGAGAAUGCACACCAAGCAGUCGUCGGUAGCACAUACCGAAUAAUAUUAUUCGACGCAUGCACUGAUCGUUGGAGAAUUGAAGAUUUCGACUUCUGUGCCGCAUCACGACUGAUAAUUGGAUUAAUAUUCGGUGCAAUAAUUUACUUUAUCAUAACAGGAUUGGUCGCGAUUGGUAUAGCCAUAGAACUUCGCCGUAAAGGAUUCCAUUCGUCAUUCACCGCAUUAUGGAAUUCGCCGCUGUUCCUGUUUUGUUUCUUUUUUCCGGAAAAUAAACGUGUAGACAUUCUUACUGUCCCUAAUAAAUAUGUGAAUUUAGCGCUUUGGACGCGUGCUCAUAUCCAGCGAAUUGCGAUGGCUGUUUAUGCGUUUGUUUGUGUGGUUUUGGUACUUCAUUCUUUGACUAAGGGAGUUGCCGAGACAUCUCGAAUCAGAGGAGAAAAGGGCUUAUCUGACGGAAUAAAAAAAUAUUAUAACUCGCAUUUGGUCCCAUACUAUGUUACGUUAUACAUUUUUUUCAAAACACUUACGACAAUGUUAAUUGAGAUCUUUCAAGAUAAAGAGAUUCGAAAUCGACCUGAAUUAAUUGGACGUUAUUACCAAGCAAUCAAAGCCGAUAAUAAUUAA